AACGACUGAUCCAAAAGGUUGGCCUAUGCUAGAUUUUGUUAGAGUUAUUAGUAAGAUAUUGAGAAAAGAUAUGUAAAGAAUAGAGAAAGUAGGAGACAAAUAUAAAGAAGAAGAAGAAGAAGAAGAAGAAGUAGUAGAAAAAGAAGAGUAAAUAUGGUACAUCUAAAAGAAGAGCUUACAAAAUUUUUGAAAACGACUUCAAUUAAGGGUGUUCCAAAGGUAUUUCAAGUUAGAAAUACAUUUUUAAGAAUACUAUGGGCAAUGUCAAUUAUUGGAUUUUUUGCAACUGCUUUUUUCCAAGUUAUAUAUUCGUUACUUGAUUAUCUCAAAUACGAAACAAUAACCGUUAUAAAUGAACAACGUCAGGGUAGUACUGUAUUUCCAUCAAUAACGUUAUGUAACAUUCAACCAUUCGACUAUGAUAGGAUAGAAAAAUAUGGCUAUAUAAAACCUGAAGAAUACUUUUCAAAGGUUGAUUAUUACGUAUCAAAAAUGCAUGAGUUAAAUACUUCUGAUAGAGAAGAAUUAAAAACUUCUCUAAGAGAUAUUGGUGGAUAUUUUUCAUUUCUAGGCAUUGAAAACGCAAAAAGGGUUGGAUUUGAAAAAAAUGAUUUUAUAAUUGAUUGUAAUUAUAUUGAACUAGAUGGAGAGUUGACAAUCAAGAGGAAAUGUGAAGAUUUUGGAGAUAUUGUUCUUACUCAACAGCCACCAUAUUUAAAUUGUUAUAACAUCAACCUGAAAGCUGAAAAUAGUAAUAAAGGUGUAGAUGCCAUGACAGUAUUAUUACAUAUAGCCGACCAUUUUAAAUCCGAUAUUAUUCAGUCAAGAGGAGCAGUGUUUGCUAUACAUGAUAAAUAUGGCGCACCGUCAAUGAGUUUAAAUGGUCUUACGUUGAGUACCAACACUUUCACAUCGGUUUAUAGUACUGUUGAAGAACGGAAACGCCAAGGAAAACCAUAUGGAGAUUGUACAGACGAAGAGAGACUUAAAGAUUAUAGAGAUUUUGCAGGUAGUGAAAUAGCAUAUUCAGUUAGUACAUGCGAAAUAAAAAAAAUACACGAUUCCAUCAUAUCGAAAUGUAAAUGUCAAGACGUUCAUAGUUUGAUUUACAAACCAUCGGCAAAUGUUUCCUUCUGUCAUAAGAUGGAUGAAGUUUUCAAUAUACAAAAUUUACGUGAUAUUUUACAAAAUUCUCGAUGCAUACAAAAGGUAUACGAAGAAUUGGGAUCUUUGUAUACAUGUAUUCCUAGAUGUAGAUCGAAAUCAUACACAAAUCUUUUAAGCAAAUCUGAUUGGCCCAUUAAAUCUAGUGUAUUAAAUCUAUAUCAACAAUUCAUAAAACCUCAUCCAUUGGGAAAAUAUUUUAAAAUUUAUGAAAAUGCAACUAAUAUUAAUAGUGUUGUGUCGGAUUUGCUGGAGAAUAAUCUUAUCAAGGUAGAGAUAGUUAGGAAAUUAAUAUAAGUCUAUCUAAUACGGACAUUUACUAGGUUAAAUUUAAUUGGAUAUCUCAUAAGGGUAGUAAAGUUAUCAGUGAUAAAGCAAAGGCGAAGUUUCUUGAUUUUUUCUCUAAAUUUGGAGGUAUCCUUAAUCUUUGGACAGGCGUUACCUUUGCUCUCUUUGUAGAAUUCUUUGAACUCUUCUACAGGUUACUUAUAGGAUCAAAUGAAAAUCGAAUAAGGGUUGUAGAAGUGAGAACAUUGAGAUAAUGAGUAAAAUAUGCUUUUAUGGAGUCAAUUAAACAAACUAUAGAAGACUAUCAGAGUAUAUAGAAUUAUAUCGUUAUGUACAAUAUUUUGUCUAUAUAAACUUUGUAUAAAUUUAUAGUGUUCGCUUAUGUGCUAAUAUUCAUUCUUUUCUAUUCAUUUACGUAUCUGUUCAGCCUUACGUAAAAUGUCUUGAUUCUUAUCUACUUAAUAAAG